AUGGAAGCCCAGGUCCUACUCUUGGGAAAAGACACCGGAGAUGAAUCCUCCUCCUCUAGAGGUUCCGUGGGCACCACCCCCACCCCGGCCAAGGGCUUGAAGGACGGUGGCCCAACCAGGACCCAAGAUGGCAUACAAGGCGAGGCUGGAGUGGAGCUGCUCCUGGCCGAGGGCCGAGGCCCUGCCAGGGGCCGAUGCGUGCGCUGGGGUCCUCGCGAGCACCGGGCCCUCUUCCUCCAGGCCACUCCACAUCCCGAUAUCAGCCGCCGCGUGGCUUCCUUCCGCUUCGAACUGCGGGAGGACGGGCGUCCAGAACUGCCUCCGCAGGCUCAGGGCCUUGGUGCAGAUGGUGCCUGCAGACCCUGCAGUGAUGCUGAGUUCCUUCUGGCUGCAUGCACCAGUGACUUUGUGAUCCUCGGAACCAUCCAUGGGGUCACCCACGACACAGAGCUGCAGGAGUCCAUUAUCACUGUGGUGGCUGUCCGUGUUCUCCGCCAGACGCUGCCGCUAUUCCGGGUAGGGGGCCCUGGGGCCCAGGUGCAGGCCUCCAUUCGCACCCCACUGCGCUGUGGUGUCCGCCCUGGCCCUGGCACCUUCCUCUUCAUGGGCUGGAGCCACUUUGGUGAGGCCUGGCUGGGCUGCGCCCCCCGCUUCCGGGAAUUCAGCCGUGUCUAUGCAGCUGCCCACACCAACCACCUCCACCCCUGUGAGGUGGUGCUGGACUGAGGGGCCUGGGAGCAGGACGCUGGGAAGGGGCUGGGAGGAGGGUGGAGGGAUGCCUCCAGAUGGCAUCACGGUACCCACUGCUUCUGCUGUAACAGCAAUAACCAAUAAGAACACUGACUACAUUCACCAAUG